AUGCUUAGUUAUGUAGAUUAUAGUAAUAAUAUUCCAGUUGAAGUUUUGGGAUUAUUGAAAUUGCCUUACCUAUUCAGACCUUCCUUGGUAAAAACAAGAACUUCUAAAAAAUGGAAACCGUCAUCUCAGGAGCAGGCUGAUGGAUUUAUAUGCAACAUUACUGUGAUGGCAGAUUUGGAAACUAUGCUGGUCAAACGCAAAGAAAAACUUCGCUCAUAUGGAUUGACUUGUCAACCUUUGAUCAUAACCGUUGGAGACCCAACAUCUUUUUCUGCAAUUUACGUCAUCGUUAAUGAAGUUAAGUACGCUGCGAGUAAUUUAAUCGGCGCAGUUGAUAUGUGUUUCAAGGUACACUAUGCUCUAAAUGCAAAGUACUCCCCAGAAUCUGAGACAGUUUGGGUUUUCUUGCAAAAAUUUUUUUACGGCAUCAAAGGAUGCAAGCACUUUGUUACUGUUGAAGUUGUCUGGUCAGAUAUCCUGAUACAUCAGAAGUCGAACGUAGAAGACAGCAGCGCUGAUGAAUGAUUCUAUAAUUUUCUUAACUGUCGACAGUACUUUAUCUUGGUACAUCAAUUCGUUUGACACUAGUUCAUCCAGUUCAACUUCUUUCGCGAUAGAAGUAGAUUGGAGUAAACUUUAUUACUCAUCUCGUCCAAGACAGCGCAUUGGUGCUAAUUCAAGUUGUUAUAGUGGGAGCUACGGAGCUUCAAAAGAGAAGUCUUCGUAGAUACAUAAAUUGUAAUAACAAGAAACAGUCUGACCU